UUUUUUUUUUUUUUAUAAAUAUAUAAAUACAAUGAGUAAUACACCCUUAUCACCAGCAAAAACAGCAGUUCCUUUGCUUCCAAAGGAUUUUAACUUGGAAGGUGGUGAUUCACCUGCUUCAACAACUACAAGUUAUCCAGUUAAACGCAGAAAAAUUGAUUCUACCGAUCUAAAUGAGGAGAACUUGCUAUCCGAUGACGAACACAUGACUGAUGCUCUCCCUUUUACUUCUGAAUUUAAACCUUCAAAAUGGCAGGGAACAAUUAAUAAUGUUGUUAAAGCAAUUGUUUCUAUUCGUUUUAGUCAAGUGGCUGCUUUUGAUACUGAAGGCCCAGAAACAUCAGAGGCUUCAGGCUUUAUUGUAGACGCCAAGAAUGGUAUUAUUUUAACAAAUCGUCAUGUUGUUUGUGCAGGCCCUUUUGUUGGUGAAGCCAUUUGUCAUGAUCAUGAAGAAGUUGAUGUUUAUCCAAUCUAUCGUGAUCCUGUUCAUGAUUUUGGUUUCUUAAAAUUUGAUCCUAAAAAGAUCAAGUACAUGCCACUGACGCAAGUUGAACUUCGACCUGAAUUGGCAAAAGUCGGUCUUGAUAUUCGUGUCGUUGGUAAUGAUGCUGGUGAGAAACUUAGUAUUUUAGCUGGCUCUAUCUCUCGUUUAGAUCGUAAUACACCUGAAUAUGGAGAUUUAACAUAUAAUGAUUUCAACACUUUUUACUUACAAGCAGCUUCAAGUACUAGUGGAGGAAGUUCAGGUUCACCAGUCAUUGAUAUCGAUGGCAAUGCUGUUGCUCUUCAAGCAGGUGGACAUACAAAGGCUGCUACUGAUUUCUUUUUACCUUUAGAUAGAGUCAAGCGUGCAUUAUCUUUUGUUCAAAAAGGUGAAUCUGUACCUAGAGGUGACAUUCAAACCCAAUUUAUCUAUCGACCUUUUGAUGAAGCACGUAGAUUAGGGCUUAGAUCUGAAACUGAAGAAAAGUUGAGAAAGGCUUUUCCUGAUGAAAUUGGCCUUCUUGUUGUAGAAACAGUGUUACCUGAAGGCCCUGCUCAUAAAAAAUUAGAAGAAGGGGACAUUCUUUUGACAAUCAACGGGGAAUAUAUUACCAAGUUUGUGCCAUUUGAAGAAAUGCUUGAUUCUAAUGUAGGAAAAGAAAUCAUAAUUACUAUUGAACGAGGUGGUACACCUAUGGAAUUAAAGGUUAUGGUUGGAGAUUUGCACGCUAUUACUCCUAAUUGCUAUGUUGAAAUUGGUGGAUCAAAGCUGAACGAAGUUUCAUAUCAGUUAGCUCGUGCCUAUUGUGUACCUUGUAAAGGUGUAUAUGUUGCUGCCCCAUCAGGAAUGUUUCGUUUAGAUGGGCCAGAUAAUGGCUGGAUUAUUAAAUCUGUAGACGACAAAGAAACGCCUAAUCUCGAAACAUUUAUUUCAGUAAUGAAAGCAAUUCCAGAUCGUACACGUGUACCAGUUGUGUACUACUCUAUUGCUGAUACACAUACAAUUCUUGUUGCAGUUGUCCAAGUGGAAAGACAUUGGUCAAGCUUCAGAAAGGCAGUACGCAAUGAUAAAACUGGUUUAUGGGAUUUUAUUGAUUUAGGAGAGCCAAUACCACCAAAGCCAAUUAAACCAUCGACAAAACAUUUUAUACAAUUAGAUGAUAGUUUUGGCCCUGUUAAAGACUUGAUUCGUUGUUUAGUUAAAGUUAACUUUUCUAUGCCAUGCCGUCUUGAUGGUUUUCCUCGUAGUCGCAAACAAGGUGCUGGUGUUAUUGUUGAUAAGGAAAAAGGCCUUGUUAUUGUUAGUCGUAGUGUAGUUCCUUUUUCAAUGGGUGAUUUAACAUUAAAUGUAGCUGAUUCACUCGUUAUUCCCGCUAAAGUUUUGUUUCUACACCCUACACACAAUUUUGCAGUUGUUCAAUAUGAUCCUAAGCUUUUAGGUGAAACAGAUGUUAUGAGUGCACCUUUCAGUGAUAAAACAUUAUUACAAGGCCAUAGAGUGACAUUAGUUGCACAUAAUCACAAUCAACGCCCUGUUUGCUUAAAUACUGUUGUAACUGAUAUUACAUGCGUCACAAUUCCACAUAAUGGGACACCACGCUUCCGUAGUGUAAAUUUUGAUGCUAUUACACUAGAUACACCUUUAGCACUUCAGUGUUCAGCUGGUUUAUUAGCUGAUGCAGAUGGAUUAGUUCAGGGUUUAUGGUUGAAUUUCUUAGGUGAACGUAAUAUGAAUGGUCAUGAUAAUGAAUAUCAUCUUGGUAUUCAUAUUUCUGCUGUUCGUAGUGUGUUAGAAUGUUUAAAGAAAGGAGAAAAAAACGUUAUUCUUAGAAGUAUAAAUGCAGAAUUAAUUCCUGUUCAAAUGGCACAAGCAGCUGCUAUGGGUCUAUCUGAUAAAUGGAUUAAUAAAGUAGAAGAAGCUAAUUCUUCAAAACAUCAGCUUUUCAUGGUCAAACGUACUGAAGCUAGUUGCGAGAGUUCAAAGGUUCUAAAAGAAUUAGACUUGAUUCUCUCUGUGAAUGGCAAAGUGAUUACAAGGAUGUAUGAAAUGGAUAUGCAAUAUGAAGCAGAAGAAAUGGAAAUGACUAUUCUACGUGCAAAGAAAGAAAUGAUUGUUAGAGUGAAGACAAGUCCUGUUUCGGGUGAUGGUACAAGUCGUGUUGUUUUUUGGGCUGGUGCGACAUUACAAGAACCACACAAGGCUGUCCUUCAACAAAGUAAAACAUUACCCUCUCGAAUUUAUAUAUCUGCUCGUUCAAAAGGUUCACCUGCUUACAUGUAUGGUCUUGUGCCAACCAUGUGGAUUACGCAUAUCAAUUCAAAACAAGUAGUAACAUUAGACGACUUAAUUAAAGCAGUUAAAGAUAUUGAAGACAAUACAUAUGUUCGUGUCCGUUGUGUUAGUUUUGAUAAUGUUCCAAUCAUGCUUUCUGUAAAAAUGGUCAACCAUUAUUUCCCUUUAGUUGAUAUGAUUAAAGAUCCUAAUGUUGAAUGCGGAUGGAGAAAGCAAGAAUAAUAGACUUGAUAGACUAGAUUAUUAUUACGUCAAUACAUUUUAUAGAAAGAAACAUGUUAUAAUGUAUAUAAAAUAAAAUAUUUAUCAAAAUAAAUGAUCCUUUUUGGUGUUAUUUGUAAGCUACCCAAUAUAAACAAAUACUAAAAGAGAC